AUGGUGUACGUCUUCUUCUUGCUGGGAUCGGCGAUGGUGGCGGAUUUGAGGAACGUGAUGUCAAGUGUUCCACCAAUUGUGAGAGCUGACGAGGCGGGUGAUGCGGGUUCAGGCGCAACAGUCUUACCACAACGCCGCGGAUGCUCCCGUAGCACGAUCGACUCGGCUGCCAACACCGCUUCCAACGGUGCGACCCAUGCCCAGGUGAAGGCUGGGGACGCUUACAACUCGGCUGCUGAUACGACGUCCCGCAACAUUGACGCCGACAAGGUCAAGGCUGCGGACACUUACAACCCUGCUGCCAACACUGCCGCCGCUCAAAGCUCGAAGCCUGCCAGCUCUGGUGCCAUCGCCCGCAAGCCCGUCACAACCUUCAUCCGUGGCCAACCGGUCACAAUGCCGCGGAAGUCCUUCUUCGUGGUGCAACAGCAGCCAGUUCAAGCGCACAACCGCGCCCACCAAUCGAGCGUCCCCACGAACGGCGCCGUUCACGGAUCCACGGCUUCAGGAAAUGAACUUGCGCCUCAAGCUGCCGCUGCAGGAGGACAGGCUGGCUCCGCGACAGCCGUCAAUCGCCGCGAGUCGUCGGGAGCUCGGCCCCCCCACCAGGGCUCGUCCUCCACAAAUUCUUAUACAUCAUCGGUGCCAUAA